AAACCUUAACAUUCUAUAGUACUAUCUCAUAACACAUACAUAUAUUCUACGAAACAGUUCUUAAAUUUGUUGCUUUACUUUUCAUCAAUUAGUUGCCUUGGAUUGGAAGAAAUGUGUCCUCUUAGGUUCAUCUUGAUCUUUUUCUCAGCUGUGUUGGCCGCUUAUUUUGCGUGGACCACCGUGAGCUCCACCACACCGGAGAUUGACUUUGCAGCUCACAACCACGACGAUAAAUCCUCAUCCAACAAGGGUCAUUUUAGUUUCAUCCAGAUGAUUAAGAAUGGAUUUUGGGUAUUAGUUGACAUGGCCAGUGGGAGGUAUCUUUGGAAAAAUUUGAGGUCCACAAAUAAUCAUGUCCAACGACAGAACUCUUAAGAGUUCAUAGUUUGCAGAAAUUUGUAAUUCUUUUGUUUAUUUUCAUCACUAAUGUAUGUGACAAAAAUUUCGUAAAUAUCAGAGUUUCGUUUUCCUUCUUUUUU